AUGAAAGGAUUUCCAGGGGAAGGCUUUGGGGGAAAUGGAAAGGCGGAUGCGUUUAUCCCCCCUGAUGCCUCUGCCGCUUCUGUAGCUCUGGAAGCAACAUGUCGAAUCAUGUCAGGUUCGGAGGAGGUUCGGGAGAUGCUGGAGGAGUUACAAGUACGAGACGAAGGGGGAGGACCAGGGCAUGCAAAAGGGCGAAACGCCGUGGUGGGAGAAACGGAGAGAACGAGAGUUCAAGAAAGACCAGAGAAGCGUCAGCUGCUGUCUCGCACGGACAUGGUUCACUACGUAGACGUGAGAGACGGUUGGGAUUUCAAGGAAUGCGAGUGCUGCUUCGAUAGGGCAGUGAGCUACCGAGCACAGCGCGCUCUCAGCAUUGCCAACAUCGACAUCUUCCGCCUUGAACUACACAACAUGCUUCCUGCUUCCGUCCCUGCUGCGCCACCGACCCACCAAAGCAGGGCCGAUGUCGAGUUCUCCCAGAGGGUGCCGGUGCAGGCCCUAGGGGGCCUGGGGGGGGUACCACCACUGGUACAGCUGGAGUGGAAGGAGAGAAACGCGCCGUACCAAUGCGUGGAAGCGAUGCUGCUCGAGUGGAUUGCUGAGCCUCGUGUGGGCGUUCUCAUGGACCUUGGGAGGAUCAGAUCCCGCCUGCCUGUUAUUUUUGCUGCUGGCGAUUGUGCAGCACAUUCUUCCCCGACGUUUCCUGCUGAAGCUGAAGCGAGGUUCCCCCGGUUUGUGACUCUAUGGAAGGCUCAGAAGGAGCUCUAUGACACAGCCUACCCUUCCCUUGCAGUCGAACUGGGAGUAAGCCGGCAGGCACAGCCGGAUGUCGCCGCUUCCACGCUGGUGCAGGUGCUGGGAGUGAAGGACAGUGCGGACCUGAAGGAAGGGUUUGGGUUCUUUGUGCAGCAUUUGCUGUCAGGCGGGCUGGAGAAGGCGCAUGCAGAGGGGAAGGGGGGAACUGGGGGUGGGGCUGCUGAGAAUGUGCAUGCGGAUGGGAGGGGGAGGGGAGGAGCAGCAAGGGGUGCAGAUGGUGUGGUUAGGGGGUCUGUAGAGGACAUAGGGAGGUUGAAAGACGGCAGGAUGGCUAAAGAGGUUGUGAUGAUGCCGUGGAUGGGGAGCCCUGAAGCGUCGUGGGAGACGGGGAUCCGACUCAUGGCUGAGGCGAUGGCACGAGCUGCGGAGGGCAGAAGCGGCACGGCGGAAGAAAGGGGCAGCGGAAGUGGCGUGGGGGGAGUCGCUGAGGUUGGAAACGGGAGGGAAGGAGCAGGGGAAGGUGGUGGAAGGGAGAAGACAGGCAGCAAGGAGGGGUCGGAUGGGUGUGAUUGUGAUGGUGGCAGGGAUGGGAAGGAUUCCAUCUUAGCGAAGCAAUGCUCCAAGGACAACCCACAGGCCAAGAUCCUGCGCAUGCAGCACCCUUUCCACGACCUCCCAAGCCUACUGCUUAGGUUUGGUGCCAUCCCCAAGCCUGUAGACCGAGCCAGCUUCCCCUUGGAGUGGGGCGAGUGGUCCCACGGCGAUGAAGGUGCAGUGAAGCUUCCUGAAGAUCCGAGUGCACGAUGCUUUGGGCUGGGGAUUGUAGAGCAGAGUGAGGAGUUUGAGGCGAGAGAGGAGGGUGGGAGUGGAGGGGAGGUUAGAGAGACACCACCAGAGCAGGCAGCAAAGGGAGGAGGAGGCAAGCGCUAG